AUGCUUUGCAGGGCCAUCGUCGCCGCAUUGGCCCUGAGCGGCCCGUCGUUUGCUCUGUGGCCCGUGCCGAAACACUCCUCAACCGGCAACGGCACGCUCUUCAUUGACCAGACGGUCCAAGUUACCUACAAUGGUGAACAGGUGUGGUGGACUCCUCCAAAUGAUGCCCCCGGAUCCCCGGAUUUUGCUGAGACCAGGAUCGAUAACCAACAGGUCACUUACACGGCCGGCUAUGUGCCUCCCAGCGGACCGCACUUCACCAGCAAGGAAAUCGUCCAAGGCGGUCUCUCACGGACAUUCGGCGCCAUCUUCCAGCAGGGCUUUGUGCCAUGGAUGCUACGUCAGCGUGAUUCGAACUCGGAGCCGGCUCUAGGCGGAACGCGAAUCCGGACAUUGCAGAUUAUACAGACGAAGCAUGAUACCGCAGAUACCUUCAAGCCUCUGAACGGCGCGGUAAAUGAAUCUUAUGCCCUGGAUGUCGAUGCAAAGGGCCAUGCAUCUCUCACCGCUCCAUCAUCAACAGGCAUCCUUCGAGGCCUCGAGACUUUCACUCAGCUCUUCUUCAAGCAUAGCUCAGGCACUGCCUGGUACACGCAGCUUGCACCUGUUUCAAUCCGCGAUGAGCCCAAAUACCCUCACCGCGGUCUUCUGCUGGACGUCAGCCGUCACUGGUUCGAGAUUUCCGACAUCAAGCGCACCAUCGAUGCUCUGGCUAUGAACAAGAUGAACGUACUGCAUCUGCACGCUACUGACACGCAAUCAUGGCCGCUGGAGAUUCCAUCCCUGCCUUUACUGGCUGAGAAGGGCGCCUACCACAAGGGCUUGAGCUACUCCCCUAGUGAUCUUGCGAGCCUGCAAGAGUAUGGUGUUCAUCGAGGUGUCCAAGUCAUUAUCGAGAUUGAUAUGCCAGGCCACGUUGGCAUUGACAAGGCAUACCCUGGACUUAGCAACGCCUAUGAGGUUAACCCGUGGCAAUGGUAUUGCGCCCAGCCGCCCUGCGGAUCCUUCAAGCUGAACGACACGAAUGUCGAAAAGUUCAUUGACACGCUGUUUGACGAUCUACUGCCGCGCCUAUCGCCGUACUCGGCCUACUUUCACACCGGAGGCGACGAGUAUAAGGCAAACAACUCGCUACUUGACCCGGCCCUUCGCACAAACGACAUGAGCGUCCUGCAGCCGAUGCUGCAGCGGUUCUUGGAUCAUGUUCAUAACAAAGUCCGCAAGCUGGGACUCGUUCCCAUGGUUUGGGAAGAAAUGAUCCUCGAUUGGAACGCGACUCUGGGCAAGGAUGUGGUUGCUCAGACAUGGCUUGGUAAAGGAGCGAUUCAGAAACUCGCGGAGGCUGGAUUCAAGGUUAUUGACAGCAGCAACGACUUUUAUUAUCUUGACUGCGGUCGUGGAGAGUGGCUCGAUUUUGAAAAUGGAGCUCCUUUUGACAACAAUUAUCCCUUCCUGGACUGGUGCGACCCGACCAAGAACUGGAAACUCAUGUACUCACACGAGCCUACGGACGGUGUAUCCGAUGACCUCAAGAAGAAUGUCAUUGGUGGCGAAGUUGCCGUCUGGACCGAGACCAUCGAUCCAACUAGCUUGGACUCCAUCAUCUGGCCGCGAGCAGGAGCGGCAGCUGAGAUUUGGUGGUCGGGCAAGAUAGAUGAGAAGGGCAACAACAGGUCGCAAAUUGAUGCGCGGCCGAGAUUGUCGGAGCAGAGAGAGAGAAUGCUGGCAAGAGGCGUUCGAGGAACUCCGAUUACGCAGCUGUGGUGUAGUCAAGUUGAUGUCCAUAACUGUGAGUCAGGGAAUUACUGA